UCAGUAAAGUCUGAACUAACAACAUUUCACUCCUUCCAAAUCCUUUCAAAAGCCCGUUUCCAUAAUCAAAAGAACCGCUCGGGCAAACUUAACAGAACCCUUAUGCCAUAUUAUCUCCCUCAAUUAUUCUCCCAGAACGAGUAUUUGGGCUAAAAAUGUAGCUUAACUGAGAUAAUCAGUGCAUUGCUUUUACUUCAGACAAAAUUUACCCUAGGAAUAAAGCUUUAUAAUAAUCUGCGUUAUUUUGAGCAAUAAAUUGAUCCAAAUAAUCUCAAAGCCUAUGCAAAAUUAUUUGAACAAAAAUUAUUAUAAAAAUUGUACUUUGUUUUGCGUUACCAAGCUUUUACAAUUUUUUAAUCUUCUAUGUGUUUAACAACAAAUCCCAGAAUUAUCAAAAAGACAAAUGGUAUCAUGAACCAGCUCCGAAUGUUCCGAGCACUCCCUCUCUGAAUAGGUUUACAUAAAGAUUUGUCGGACUAAGAAAAGCCUUCUUAACCUUUCUACGCAUCAGCAAAGCAACUAAUUGCGAAAAUGAUUUCGCAGGAUUAUUCAGUUUUCAGUCCCUAAGCGACUUACCGGUUUUCUUUUCCUGAAUAAAAUUUAAUUACAGCGAAAUUGUGAAAACCAUUAAAUUUAGAUCGGGCUUCCUCUUCUCUUUUCACGUUAUGUCUUAGUUUUUUGCCCUUCUUUUGUUGUGUUAUCACAAAAGCUAUUGGCUUGAAAAUCCCCAGUCUAACCUUCAUUCAAUUGUGAUAGCCGCUGCAGAUAAAGAAUAGUCGUCAUGUCCAAUUUGUUCAUCAUUGGAUUGUUUCUCGUCUGCAUCAUUCUCUUUCUAGUCUUCGGAUGUCCAGUUCUGCACUUCAUGGGUCAAAAGUGCCAGAAAUUAUUCAACCGGAACAACCGAAAUGACAUCGUCAAAGAGUUCGGCGCCGAGCAAUUCUUUACAAACACUUCGGCUCAAAGACGCGACAAAAACCGUCAUAAUAACUUCGAAUCAUCGUGGCUUCAAUAUAAUAAUCGAGGAGCGUCUUCAAGUAUAGUUCCUUACAGGUCCAAUCAAUCGAGAAGCAAACGAGAAAACUUCAAAAUGAAGCUGGCAAUUACUCAAGAUCAUUUGUCUCAAAUUCUACGACCCGCUGCCUUAGCUACAUUCCUGAACGUCACACAAAACCCUUUGAAGCCCCCACCUCCGGAAAUUCUAUCACAGCAAUCAGUUGAGUUUUCUCCAAUAAUAGUUGAAACAUUGUUUUCCAGGGUCCGUAGCAAACCAGCGGAUGUACCAAAAAACCGAAGAUCCGAAGCGAGCUCCUCGAAAUUGAAUCAGCAAUCGGUUUCCAAUCACUCCGGAGGUCAAGGACCUUCGGGAUCCAAGCAUCCCAAAAGCACUUCAAGCAACCGGAUGACUUCUCAUAGUUCAAACGAUCAUGAUCAUCAUGUUGCGGUAGAAAUCGAAAACAAUAAUUGCGAUAUUGCUAGUAACAAUCUCAGAAACGUAGAAAACGCAGGAUCAAAGUUGAAUUCGAACGCUUUGCACUACAACCAAAAUGACAAAGCUUGGAAGCACCCAACGACCAGUAGCUUUACAGUUUCGCCAACCGCUGAUUCUAUAAUCAUAUCAUCGCAAAUCUCGUGCCGCAAACCUCUGUACUCAAAAAACACCAAUCAUAGCUCUAACUACACCUCUCAGAGUGCAUCGAAACGGGUUUCAGGGAUUCAACUUGUGCAUCCGAGUUCGACUCCCGACAGGAACUUUUGUUCCUCGGCGGCUUCUGGGUCACAUCGGAGAAACGUCCCUUGCUCGAGUCAGAAAAACAACGUGAAGUGUUUGAGUUUUCACGACUCGCUUCCGGCGCUGAAUGACCACGUGAUGACGGCAACACCAGGCAACCACCAGCAAAAGAUAUCGUCAUUGUGCGACAUUGAAGCUACCUCGCAAUCAUUUCGUGUAACCGAAGUUUAG